GUAACCUUUGAUGAUGUUGCUGUAACUUUCACUCAAGAGGAAUGGAGGCAGCUGGACCCAGCUCAGCGGACCCUGUAUCAGGAAGUGAUGCUGGAAAACUGUGGGCUCCUUGUUUCUCUGGGGUGUCCUGUUCCCAGACCUGAGCUGAUCUACCAACUGGAGCACAGGCAGGAGCUAUGGACCGUGAAGAAAGACCUCUCCCAAAGCAUCUAUCCAGGUGACAAAAGAAAACCCAAGAACACAGAGUGUACCACUUACAAGCCAGCCUUGUCUGAGGGAGUCUCCCUCUGGGGAGAACUAGCACAAGGAAAUUUAGGUGAUUCCCAUUUGGUGCUAGCCAAGUGUCAGGAUGGGCCAUCUGAAAUUCAGGAAGAACAUAUGAGACCAGGCAUAGAUCCUCAGAAGCAUCCUGAAAAAACGAGCCCUGAACAUGAUAGUUUUAGGACAGCUGAUGAUGUGUGUUCAAGGAUUGUACAGAAACAAGACUCUCUAGGAGAUACUCUCUACAAGUGUAACAUUCAUGGAUUAGGUAAAGAUCCCACAAUUCAGGAAGAGGAAAAUAUCUUUAAGUGCAAUGAAUGUGGGAAAGUUUUUAACAAGAAACAUCUCCUUGCUGGACAUGAGAAAAUUCACUCUGGAGUGAAGCCCUAUGAAUGCACAGAGUGUGGGAAAACUUUUAUUAAGAGCACACAUCUCCUUCAGCACCACAUGAUCCAUACUGGGGAUAGGCCAUAUGAGUGCAUGGAGUGUGGGAAAGCAUUCAACCGUAAGUCAUACCUUACACAGCACCAGCGGAUUCACAGUGGAGAAAAGCCUUAUAAGUGCAGUGAAUGUGGAAAAGCCUUCACCCACCGCUCCAAUUUCGUCUUACAUAACAGGAGACACACUGGAGAAAAAUCCUUUGCAUGCACAGAAUGUGGGGAAGUUUUUCCACAUAGGCCAAGUUUCCUUCGACACCGUGUCGUCCACAAUGGUGAAAAUCCCAACGAAUGCUUGGAGUGUGGUAAUGUCUUCAAACACAGGUCAUAUCUCAUGUGGCACCAGCAGACUCAUACAGGGGAGAAGCCCUAUGAGUGCAGUGAAUGUGGGAAAGUCUUUCUGGAGAGCACAGCCCUGAUUCAGCACUAUGUUAUCCAUACCAGGGAAAAGCCCUUUGAGUGCCUUGAAUGUGGAAAGGCCUUCAACCACAGGUCUUACCUCAAGAGGCAUCAGCGGGUUCACACUGGAGAAAAACCUUUUGAGUGCAAAGAAUGUGGGAAAGCCUUUAGCAAUCGGAAAGACCUCAUCCGACAUUUCAGCAUCCACACUGGAGAGAAGCCCUAUGAGUGCAUUGAGUGUGGGAAGGCCUUCAACCGCAGAUCAGGCCUCACAAGGCACAAGCAGAUUCACACUGGAGAGAAACCUUACGAAUGUGAUGAGUGUGGGAAAUCUUUUUACUGGAGCACAAACCUCAUUCGACACUCCAUCAUCCAUACUGGGGAGAAGCCGUAUAGAUGCAGUGAGUGUGGAAAGGCCUUCAGUCGCAGCUCAUCUCUCACUCAGCAUGAGAGGAUUCAUUCUGGAGUGAAGCCCUAUGAAUGCACAGAGUGUGGGAAAACCUUUAGUAAGAGUACUUACCUCCUUCAACACCACAUGGUCCACACUGGGGAGAAGCCCUAUAAAUGCAUGGAGUGUGGGAAAGCAUUCAACCGUAAGUCACACCUGACCCAGCACCAGCGGAUUCACAGUGGAGAGAAGCCUUAUAAGUGCAGUGAAUGUGGAAAGGCCUUCACCCACCGCUCUACUUUUGUGUUACAUAACAGAAGCCACACUGGAGAAAAACCUUUUGUGUGCAAAGAAUGUGGGAAGGCUUUUCGUGAUAGGCCAGGUUUCAUUCGACACUACAUCAUCCACAGUGGGGAGAAUCCUUAUGAGUGCUUCGAGUGUGGUAAAGUUUUCAAACACAGGUCGUAUCUCAUGUGGCACCAGCAGACUCACACAGGGGAGAAGCCCUAUGAGUGCAGCGAAUGUGGGAAAGCCUUUUGUGAGAGUGCAGCCCUGAUUCACCACUACGUCAUUCACACUGGGGAGAAGCCCUUUGAGUGUCUGGAGUGUGGGAAAGCCUUCAACCACAGGUCAUACCUCAAGAGGCAUCAGCGGAUUCAUACUGGGGAGAAACCUUAUGUGUGCAGUGAAUGUGGAAAGGCCUUUACCCACUGCUCUACUUUUAUCUUACAUAAAAGAGCUCACACUGGAGAAAAACCUUUUGAGUGCAAAGAAUGUGGAAAAGCAUUUAGCAAUAGGGCAGACCUCAUUCGACACUUCAGCAUCCACACUGGAGAGAAGCCCUAUGAGUGUAUGGAGUGUGGGAAGGCCUUCAACCGCAGAUCAGGCCUCACAAGGCACCAAAGGAUUCAUAGUGGAGAGAAGCCCUAUGAAUGUAUUGAAUGUGGGAAAACCUUUUGUUGGAGCACAAACCUUAUUCGACAUUCCAUCAUCCACACAGGAGAGAAGCCCUAUGAGUGCAGUGAAUGUGGAAAGGCCUUUAGUCGCAGCUCAUCCCUCACUCAGCAUGAACAGAUUCAUACCCAGGCGAAGCCAUAUGAAUGCACAGAGUGUGGGAAAACCUUUAGCAAGAGCACACACCUCCUUCAGCAUCACAUAAUCCACACUGGAGAGAAACCUUAUGAGUGCAUGGAAUGUGGGAAGACCUUCAACCGCAGAUCACACCUUACACGACACCAACGGAUUCACACUGGAGAGAAACCUUAUAAGUGCAGCGAAUGUGGAAAGGCCUUCACCCACCGCUCCACUUUUGUGUUGCAUAACAGGAGCCACACUGGAGAAAAACCUUUUGUGUGCAAAGAAUGUGGCAAAGCUUUCCGUGAUAGGCCAGGUUUCAUUCGACACUACAUUAUCCAUACUGGAGAGAAGCCCUAUGAGUGCAUUGAAUGUGGGAAAGCCUUCAACCGUAAGUCGUACCUGAUAUGGCACCAACAGAUUCACACUGGAGUAAAACCCUUUGAGUGUAAUGAAUGUGGGAAAGCCUUUUGUGAGAGUGCAGACCUCAUUCAACACUAUAUUAUCCAUACUGGGGAGAAGCCCUAUAAGUGCAUGGAGUGUGGGAAGGCUUUCAACCGCAGAUCUCACCUCAAGCAGCACCAGCGAAUUCACACCGGGGAGAAACCUUAUAUGUGUAAUGAAUGUGGAAAGACCUUCACCCAUUACUCCACUUUUGUCUUGCAUAAAAGAGCUCACACAGGAGAAAAACCCUAUGAAUGCAAAGAAUGUGGGAAAACCUUUAGUGAUAGGGCAGACCUCAUUCGACAUUAUAGCAUCCACACUGGAGAGAAACCCUAUGAGUGCAUGGAGUGUGGAAAGGCCUUCAACCGCAGAUCACACCUCACGAGGCAUCAGCAGAUUCACACUGGAGAGAAACCCUAUGAAUGCAUUGAGUGUGGGAAAACCUUUUGCCGGAGUGCCAACCUCAUUCGACACUCCAUCAUCCACACUGGAGAGAAACCUUUUGAGUGCAGUGUCUGUGGAAAGGCCUUUAAUCGCAGCUCAUCUCUCAGUCAUCAUCAAAGGAUUCAUAUUGGAGGAAAUUCCAUCAGUGGAACAGAUGUGGGGACACCUUUUUCAGAUGGGCAAAUUUCAGUAAACAUGCAAGAACUUAUAUUAGAGAAAGACUUUUUUAAUGUGGCCACUAAGAAAAAUCUUUGGUCAAAGGACACAUUGUAGUCAUCAUGUGGCCAUUCAUAGCAAAGAGAAACUCCAUAAAAUUGUAUGU